AUGUCCCAUCGUGUUCACCCUAAGUCCAAAUCACUCGAAUUAACUCGUCUUAUUAACGCUAUGACCUCCAUAAAUCAUUAUAAUAACUUGCUGAUACUGACCAUUCUCCUAGACAUUGACUCCAAGCUCAUUAGCCUUGGUGAACUGGCUGGUCAACUUGGAGGAUUUGUUGGUGACAGUGAGAGUGUUAAGAAAGCCGUUGUGAAUGCUAUUAUCGCUGUUUUUGACACUAAUCCGCACCUUAAAAAUGACCUUAAACAUCUUUACUCUCCUUAUGUUACUAACCUUUCUGUGUCUGUCAACUCUGCUGGCCAGGCUGAUGACACCAAGAUAAUUAGUGAGCUUAAAGAUAAAGUUACUAGUCAAAUUACUGAAACUAAAAGACUAAUUGAUAACCUUAAUAACCAUCUUAAUCCCUCUCUCUCUUCCCCCUCUCCCUCUGCUGACCCAGCCAAAUUGCAGUCCAAGUUGGAGGCUUUGAGGAAAGUGGAGGAGCUUUGUGGAUUUUUGACUAAUCCUAAAAAUGCGUCAAAUGAUCCUAAAAAGCUCUUAGAUAAUUUAUGUGACGGCCUCGAAACCUUUCUCGGCUUCAACUCUGCUUCCAAAGGCUACGAUGGCGCUGGCAUUGUGUACUCCGACUUGGAUAGGCUGUGUGACGGGGUGAUGGGAUUUUUGAGUGGUGUUCUCAGUAACAUCAAAGAGCAUUUAGGGCAGCAUAAAGAGCAAAUUACAGAAGCUAUUAAGUCACUUGAGACCAAUAAACACCUUGGUAAAAAAGGUUUUAAUGAUGCGAUUGGAAAGGUGGUCGCAGGGGUGCGGGGGUAUAAUAAGGAAGUUAAAAAGUCUAAUAAUAACGUUAGAUAUCCUAUAGAUAAACUACUAAAAGAUCUCGAAAAUGACGGUACGUUUGAUAAAGCUUACAAAAAAAUUUAUGCUGAGUCGGUUACUGGCAAUCCUGAGGACGGCCAGGUGAAGGCUGCUGACAACCUGGCCGAGCAGUCACUAAAAUUAGCCCGUGAUUUCUUAGGCGCUUUGCACGAAUCAGAAGAACGUGACAAGGCAGUGAGUGAUCUUAAUCAUGAUUGCAGAAACAACGUUAAUAAUGCGCGCAAAAUCAUUAAGCACGAACAUGAUAGGCUUCAAAUGAACUUUGGAAAUGAGAGUAAUGCAUCGAGAAAUAUGGUAGAAGCAGUUAUUAAAGAAAUUACCGGUAUGAAUGCAAAUGUUAAUAAGCAGAUAGACGAGAAGGUAGCACCAUUGAUUAACGAGUUAAAGAAGAAGAUGCAAGAAUUCUUAGAGCAGGUGGAAAAUGGUCCAAAGAAAGAUCUAGGUCGGUGGCUUAAAGAAGAAACAGAGACGACGGAUCAAGGUAAAAAGUCAAAGAAAGACGCUUUUGCAGCAUCUAGGGAUAAAGUGUAUGCAGGGGUUGAAAAUUUCGAAACGAACUAUCACGACAUUCAUCCACAACUUGAAGCUAUUAAAGGGAUUGUUCAGAAAAGUAACAGCACCGAAAAACUUGAGGAAUCAGUUGCGAAGAUUACCUCGGCAGUGAAAGACGUCGGUGAGCAGCUUGGACUCCAAGUCAAGAGUCUGGAACACUGGAGGACUACGGCGCUAGAAGUUGUUAAAGUAGCAUUGAAAAGAGUUGAUGAAAUUGUUAAUAAGCUGGAUGGUAAGAAGGCAGAUCAAGAAGCAGAGAAUAGUGAGAGAGAUGAGGUUACUAAGGCAGCUGGCGAAUUGAAGGACCAAGCAUUGAAGCUUAUGACGGCUAUAACGGAGGCAACAGGUAAGUUGAGUACCGGCAUUGCAACAGCUGGCCGAGCAGUUACUGAUCUGGAUGAUGCGUUAAAAAAAUCUCUGCAUUCGCUGAAAACUAGAAUAAAGACAACGAUUUCGCAGUAUAUUGGGAAGUUGUCUGGUGCUCUCGAUGCGGGUAUGCAGAGUACUAGAGGUUAUAGCGGCACAGCAGGUUUCAGUGCUUUCAUGAGUAAUUUCAACAGUGAGCAUCCGAUAAGUCCAAAAACCGAGUUUGGAAAACGGCUUCAGGAGGUUGGGCGUAAUAACAUCAAACUUGCAAGAGGCAUUCAUACAGCUCUAAUAGAACUAAAUAACGAGAAAUCUCAGUGGAGCAGGAUCACUCCCGGAUCGAAUGAACUUCAGUCUGCAAUUAGCAAAGAUCUUCAGGAUAGUGUCGACAAAGAGUUGCCAGAUGCUGAGGACGACGAGAAAGUUCUACUUACCAGUCUUGUUAGUUACAGCGCAACGGGCGCCACGGGUUCUAAGCAAUGGCUUGAGAAAUCUAUCAGCAGUAUGCAGGAAAGUGUAAAAGGUAAGCUUGACAACAUAGUAUAUCCCGAAAAAACAGGCAAAAUGAUAACCGCACAUAUGAUCACAACGACCCAUCAUGAACUGAAUAUUAAGUUCAAAAGCUUCAUUCGUGCCGUCACAAAUAUUAUCAAGAAGGAUCCUCAUAUGGGAAGCAAUGAGCAUCUCAAUUACGACUUGAGAAAACUUAAUGCUAUGCUAGAUGGUAAAGAAUCUAUAUACGGCAUUAACAACCAUUUGAAUACGAUUCAUACUGCACUAAGUGCUAUACAUAAAAAGGAGUUUGGUGAACAAUUAUCGAACAGCAGUGUGUAUGGCGCCAUUUCUGUCGUCACGGAUAAAGUUAUAAUGCUUGAGAAAGCGUCAACUGCCACUGAUACACCGGAUGGGAAUCUCAUGAAGCUUGUUGGCAGUUUACCGAAAGACAUGAGGUCCCUUAACAACUGCAUUAAUACGGUGAUCGAAGUUGUUGAAAAUGCAGAUAAGCAAUUACAGCAAUGGAUUACAAACGUAGGUGUAUAUAUAGCUACAAUGGACAAGACAGGCCACGAUUUCGCCGAUGGUCUCAAAGAAUUCGUUGAUGUAUCAAUGUCUUAUGCCAAGAACAUUAUUACAACUGACAUCCAAAAAGGCUACGUGCGUUCCGUCAAAAGACAACUUAAAUAUUUCGCCAUCGUCGCCCAUGACGUAUUAACACCUCUGCCCGCCUUGGUAGAACAAGACAAACAUAUCGGCUUCAAGGGGUUCAUGGAGGAAUUCGCUGGUAAGACGCCCGAAAACGAGAAUAUUCAAAAGCUCGUCGAACAAAAGGAAAAUAGUAACGUUGAAAAAUUAUCCGCCGCGUUCCAGCAAUUCUGGAAGCCACUGAAAAAUUAUCUCAUCACUGAAAUUAAGAGAGUAAAUACGGAAAAUAAUGAGAAGAAAAAUCCAGUUGGAACAGAUCAACAAUAUUAUUCGCACACGCUUCUGAAAAUUAACGACUCACUUGCUGACCUACUUGACCAUUUGGGUAAGCAAAACCGCUACGACCAUAACCUCCAUGGGCUUCUUCAAAAACUUAUCUCCGCAAACAACGAACUUAAACCGGACAACUUUGCAAAGCCAAAUACGCCGGUCUUAGAUGGUAUUGGAAGCGGGAUUAGUAAAUUUGUGGACGAGUUGAGGAAGGUCUACAUAUCUACUUACGAUAGUGUAUCGUUUGAUGGCGUGUUGUUUGAUAAUCAUAGAUACGAAGUCACGCCGCGAGGAGCUGUAAGCACAUAUUACUUGAGUGGGUACGGUAAGAAAUGCGCUAAAGUAUUUAUCACCACCUUGGAAAUGCUGAGUAACGAUUUCUAUACGUUGAUCAAAGAAUCUAUGAAAUCGUGGAAAGCAAGGCAGAUUAAUACGUAUAACGAUAAUUUAUUUGGCAAAUGGUUAGAGGAUCGUGGCUACAAAGUGGAUCGCGAAAAAGGCAAGCAGACCGGUGAGCUGCAGAACAAAAGUGACAUGACCGUGACGACCAUCUAUGAUAUUCUCAGCAAAAACAUUCGAAGCGUUGUUGAAGUCGAUACGCAGACGUCAUGGAUGAAAGAUAUCGUUCAACGCAAGAAAGCGAGAAACGAAAAUGCAAACCAAAUCAACGUCGUUGACAUACUCCUCUUCCUCUACGAACAGGUUCAGAUUUACUACAAGGUUUCCCACUACAACGUACCUUCGAAGCCUAAAGCGCCAAGCAGCGUGAAAGACAUGCUACAGUGGCUUAUCGGUCUCCCUCAUACCACGGUGUACAACGAAUUGACAGUUGGCGGUUUUGGUGAGCUGUUUGACAGACCGGAGGAGGAAAAGCUCACUGACGAAAGCGGUCCAACUCUCAAAUUGGAAGAUGAUGACAAGUUGGAUGCUUACCCUGCAACUAUCACAGCCGUAAAUCUGAGAGACACACUCACCGAAGUAUGCCAUUAUUCGUACGACGUCCUCGUCAGCCUGCUUGGUCACGGCCAUGCAGGUGGCCGCUAUGCCUGUGAGUUCAACACUAAUGAAGAUAAGUUCUCGUACCCCAAUGACAUGAACGCGUUAAUCUGUAGUAUGCUUGAUAUCUUAACACGUCUUCACGAGCAACUCUAUUUCCUAUGUCGCCAAUGCCAUUACACCACUGAUCUCAGCGGAUGGGCUAACUGCUGGUAUGGUCGAGAUGUCGGUGGCGCAUCGUGGAAGUGUAAUGCCCUUCAAUGUCCUGAUCAAAGCGCUGACCAAAUACACAACCAAACGUGUAACCAAAAGUGCAACCAAAUUAGUGACUGCGGCCUUAAAUCACCACUUCAGUCAUUCCUCGAAGAUGGUCUCCAGGGCUUCCUACCGCAUCAACUCAAAGUUGAAAGGGGGGCACUUGUAUGUACGGUUAAACACUCCGGUUUGCCGUGUAAAACACCCAUGGGUUUCGGAGAUAUCAGUCAACUAGCAUCACACAGGCAACAGGGUAAGCAUAUCUUCACUACGCUGUAUAAAUUCUGUGGUAGCAAAUCGUCGCCUCUCACUAGGCUGCGCAGCCAACUCAAAUGCAUCCUCCCUAAUGCACCGAAAACGCUAAACGAUAUGUUUGCAUUCUACUUUACUCUACUCAAUGACUGGAACGAGGCAGCAGGAACACGCCAGAUGCACAGGGAAAACGCAUUCAAAAAAGCCGUCAUCGAAGCAAACUUCGAGAAUCACAACACAGAGUUGGACAUUACUGCCAUGUUCAAGAACAGGGAUCAUGGUCUCAAUGCUGCUACCCAGAAAAGCGAGCAUAUUACCGGUGACUUAUACGCUCUUGUCGAUUGCCAUACCAAUUCGUCAUCCGUUUCAUCUCAUCCUUGCGGUCCAUACUUGAGGCCGAUUUGUCAAGACGGGUUCAGCACAUUCACAGCAAAGAACGCGGAAAAAUAUGUGUCUUGGAUCAUCUACUCGACAGGGUCAUUCCUCCAUUUGUUGAAACAGCUGUACGAGGAAUGUAACAGUAACUGCGCCGGUGACAGACCAAAAUGCCGUGUCAGUAGAUGUAAGAAGGGUUGUAAAGCAUUAGACUCACCGAUGUCUCCUGGCUCGACUCAUGAGAAAUCCUGUGGAUCUAUAGUAGAUUGCAAGUUAAUGCGUCCUACAAUCUACAAAUACGGUUUUGUACUUGGCGAUUGUGAGAGUCUAUCCGCCGAGUCUAGUAAGCGCACGUGCAAAGAUUUGUGUAUGGUAUUGCAAAGCGUGACUAACGAGAAAGAAUCGGCUCAUCACCCGCUUGCCGAAUUGGUAUAUCGAACUAUCCCCGAUUUCCUCUUCACAAUCCGCGCUCCCUUCAUCUGGCUCAACGUCGCCCUCUGGCUCCUCUCCUUCCUGUACCUCCUCCACAUCAUGGUCAUCCGCCUCGACCUCCUCCACAUCAAAUCGCAUCUACAUAGUCCCUCGAGUCAUAGGAUUGCUGCUCAAUCAUUGUUGGCUGCUGGACGUGUUAACAAACUGGGGAGGGUGUUUUACCUGCAACCAUAA